CAACAUGCCUUCCGCCCAGAUCAAUCAGCCUUCCAACCAGAUCAAGCUGACAAACGUCAGUUUGGUCCGUAUGAAGAAGGGCAAGAAACGAUUCGAAGUCGCCUGCUACAAGAAUACCGUCACCUCAUUCCGCGCGGGCAACGAAACGGAUCUCGACAAUGUCUUGCAAAUACCAAACGUCUUUCUCAAUGUAUCGAAAGGACAAGUCGCACCCAACGAUGAUCUCAAGAAAGCUUUCCCUGGCAUGACCCGCGAUGAGAUAGUACUGGAGAUUUUGAAGAAAGGAGAGAUCCAAGUGGGCGAGAAGGAGCGGUCGCAAGAGCUCGAGCGUGUGCACAAGGAGGUCAUCGAGAUUGUGGCGGGAAGACUGGUCGAUCCGAAGAGUAAGAGAGUCUACACCACUGGAAUGAUCGAGAAGGCACUGGACCAGCUUAGUAGCAAGAGUGGGCACGCAGGCAGGACAGCUGGCAAGGGAUCUGGUGUUGAAGGCGGCGAUCGGAGUAAGAGUCGGGAUCAGAGCGCGGCAGCCACAGAUUCAGGCUCAAAUACACCAGCGAGAAGCAAUGCGGAAGCAGAUGCAGAGGCCAAGGCAGUCGAACGAGCGAAGUGGACAGGUGUGGUCACGACGAGGAGUGCAAAGUCACAGGCUCUGGAUGCGAUGAAAGCAUUGAUCGCACAUCAACCGAUCCCAGUCGCGAGAGCGAGAAUGAGACUGAGGAUUACAUGCCCAACCACCGUUUUGAAGCAGACCGUGAAAUCCGCACCAAAAUCAGAGGGCGAGGAGGCGACCACGGGAACAGUGAAGGACAAGAUUCUGAGCCUAGUCGAGCAAGUCGAGAGCCAAGACGUUAUGGGAGAGGAGUGGGAAUGUGUGGGAUUCGUCGAGCCUGGAAGCUUCAAGACUUUGAGCGACUUCAUCAGUGCGCAGACCAAGGGGAGGGCGAGAGCUGAGGUAUUGGAUAUGGCUGUCACGCACGAGGGUGAUUGA